UCGCUAAUUAAUUAUGGGUGUGUCAGCACCCUGUGCAUUGCAGACAAACAAUCUCUCUUAGCUGUAACUGUCGCGCGCGAUAGCUGCGGAGUUCGAGUGCCAGCUGCUGUGUUAAACUGGUUGAUUAAUCCGUGCGCCCUUCAAGAAUGGCUACCAAAGAAGCUCAAGUUGCCAACUGGAUGCCUCCUCCCCAGGAGGUCAUCGCAGGAUGCCCCCCAGGUCUCGAGUACCUCACCCAGGUAGACCAACUCCUCGUCAACCAGAUGAUCGAAACAUUUGAGCUCAUAACUGGUUGGGAGACUAAUAACAAGUACAGAGUGAGAAACACGCUCGGACAGCAGGUCUACUUUGCAGCUGAAGACUCUGGAUGCUGUGUACGUCAAUGGUGUGGGCCAGCCCGACCCUUUGAGAUGGGCAUCUUUGACAACAACCAGAAAGAGGUGAUCCACCUUGUGAGGCCCCUUCGCUGCAAUGAUUGGUGCUGUUUCUGCUGUCUCCAAGAAAUGGAAGUACAGUCUCCCCCAGGCACAACUGUUGGCUGGAUCAAGCAAGAGUUCUCCUUCAUCUAUCCCAAGUUCUCGAUCCAGAAUGCCAAUGGAGAUACCAUUCUUACAAUCAAGGGGCCCUGCUGGACUUGCAAGUGGUGUGAUGUGGAAUUCCAGGUCAUGUCUGCUGACGGCUCUCAGGAGGUAGGCAAGAUCAGUAAACAGUGGUCCGGGCUAGCCAAGGAGUUCUUCUCUGAUGCUGACAACUUUGGAAUCCAAUUUCCAAUGGACCUUGAUGUCAAGGCCAAGGCUACAAUGGUUGGAGCAUGCUUCUUGAUUGACUUCAUGUUUUUUGAGCACAGCAACUAAAGACUAGUAACUUUCAAAGCUACAGAUCCUCGAGUAUAAGUACAUUAUGCUAAACUGAACUCUAGCUCAUGUGGGAUUGUCUUUUAGUUAUUGUUAUUCAUUGUUAUAGUUACUGUCAGUUCUAAUUACAUAUCUCCAUGUAUUGGCAUGUGCUAGCAGCAUGCUAUGAAUGUAA